AAUGUGGAUCAUUAUUGCAGCUGAUUUUUGAUGGGAAAUAUGAGGCAAUAUUUUCAAACUCAGCCAUCCAGAAUGUUUUCAGUGCAUCUUCUGUGGUGGAGGAAGACAUUGACAGUUACUUGGAGAGACAGAUUCUAGCAUACCUGGACUGUUCGGCAGACACCGAUAAUGUGGAAAGGCAGAGGCUGAUGUUUCUACUUGGCAUGGGCAGUUUGCAGCUCUUUGUUCAAAGCAAUUGGACUGGGCCUCCCAUUCAGUUAAAGCUUCAGGACUUUUUGCCACCUGCACUGUUAGAGAAAUUCUGUGAGCCAAAAAUGCUACAUGCAGCUAUUCUGAAGAUGCUGGUACUAGAUGGUGAAUCAGUCUAUACCUUGACUUCUAAUCCUGUUUUGCUGCUUAUAGCCAGGAUAAUCCUUGUGAAUUCAAGAAACAAACUUGCAUCUCUUCAGACAUUGUCUUGGUGGACUCUAAGAUGUUUGAAUAUUCACCAGCAGUUGUUGGAAGAGAGAUCACCUGAGCUAUUUACUCUUGCCCAGACCUGUAUAAAACAAGUGACAGAAGCAGAAGCUUUGUUUACAGGUGGUGAAAGCUGGCACUUAGCAGUUCAGUUUCAUCUUGAAUGUGCCUAUACAUUUUUGUAUUACUACGACUAUAAAAAAGCUAAACAAUGUUUCAAUACAGCUAAAGACAUAACGAAACUGCAGAUUAAUCUUACAGGUGCUUUGGGGAAGAGAACACGAUUUCAGGAAAAAUAUGUUGCACAGCUUAUUUUGGAUGUCCAAAGAACAGAUGAAUUUCUCCUUCCUCACAGUGAACUAAGUCCAGCUCCAACACCUCUAGAAAACCUCACAAUGAAUUAUGACUUAAAUGAUGACACAGUGCUUAAUGAGAUAAAAUUAGCAGAUGCUGAUCAGUACCAGGUGCCUGAUUUGUGUGCAGAAGAGCUUGCUGUGAUCCUUGGACUGUGUAUAGACUUCCAAAAGAACAAUCCAAUACACAAAUUAACUGAAGAGGAACUUCUGGCUUUUACAUCAUGCUUGCUCUCUCAGCCAAAGUUCUGGGCCAUUCAGACAUCAGCCUUACUCCUGCGGACCAAGCUUGAGAAAGGAAGUACUCGCAGAAUGGAAAGGGCAAUGAAGCAGACUCAG